AUGAGACAUAGUGACAGAGAUCGAACCGAAUGGGACCCACCAGAACUCGCAGUUUGGAGGAAGAACUUGCGCAUUCCGCAGGCUUCGCAGAGCAGUGGUCGGAAAGUUGUAGCACACCUGUGCAACGAUCAAGGCAAUGGAGGACGUGGCUAUUUUCAGGCAAUCAAGAAGGCAUGGGGCAGCGGGCCCUCACGCCAGUACUUUGAGUGGCACCGCGAUCGCAGCAUGGAGUGUGAGAAUCGAUUCCGGCUUGGGGCCGUUCAAUUUGUUGAGGUGAGCCCUCUGGUGGAGGUUGCUAACUUGAUCGCGCUGCAGGGAAGCCGGCGUGGCUCCAAAGGGGGUCCGCUGCGCUUGGAGGCCUUGGAGGAAGCCCUCGAGGCUUUGGGAAGCCAUGCGGCAAGGUCUCGCGCAUCUGUGCACAUGCCACAG